AGGAUGUAUGGGUCAUUUUGACCAGUCAUUCCCUCGCUCUGGCAUCCCACAAUUUUUCCGCCUCCCUCCGAAAGAGAUAAUAAUAUUUAGAGGCGUUCGCUGGGGCUGAAUGAGAAUUAGCCCUAGGCGCAGCCUAUCAUUAGGACGGGACAGCAGGGCCACUGUGACAUUUUUAAGAAAGCUGAGAUGAUGGAAAGAAUAAGAAAAGAGAUGAUUCUGAUGGAAAGAGGGCUGCACAGCCCUACGGCUGGCAAGAGAUUCUCCAAUUUGUCCGACUCGGCUGGCAAUGCUGUGCUCGAGGCCCUGGAAAAUUCGCAGCACCCGGCUCGCCUCAGCCCGCGGCUGCCGUCUGCCCCCCUGCACGGCGCUCUGGGAGACCUCCCCGCCAAGGGCAAAUUCGAAAUAGACACUUUGUUCAACCUGCAGCACACGGGCAGCGAAAGCACCGUCUCCUCCGAAAUCUCCUCCGCCGCCGAGAGCCGCAAGAAGCCGGGCCAUUAUUCAGAGGCGGCCGCCGAGGCCGACAUGAGCAGCAACGUGGAGGUGGGCUGCUCCGCGCUGCGCUCCCCCGGUGGCCUAGGCACCGCUCAGCUCAAGGAAAACAAUGGCAAAGGGUACGCAGAGAGCGGCUCGGCUGCCGGCACCACGACGUCGGCAUCGGGCUCAGGCCUUGGAAGCCUGCAUGGAGGCAGCGGAGGCAGCGGCGGGGGCGCGGCGCUGGGUGGCUCCGGCUCUGGCGCGGAUCAAGUGCGGCGCUACCGUACGGCGUUCACCCGCGAGCAGAUCGCGCGCCUGGAGAAGGAGUUCUACCGGGAGAACUAUGUGUCGCGGCCCCGCCGGUGCGAGCUGGCCGCGGCGCUCAACCUGCCCGAAACCACCAUCAAGGUGUGGUUCCAGAAUCGGCGCAUGAAGGACAAGCGGCAGCGCCUGGCGAUGUCCUGGCCGCACCCAGCAGACCCCAGCUUCUACACCUACAUGAUGACGCACGCGGCCGCCACCGGAAGCCUGCCCUACCCCUUCCACUCGCACGUGCCGCUGCACUACUACCCGCACGUGGGCGUCACGGACCCACUUGCCACCUCUGUCCUGAGCGCGUGGUUCCCCAAAGACAAACCCGUCGCCCCCUAA